CCAGGCCAGCAUGGGCGAGUGCAGAGCGGUAUUCGCAGUGAUACUCGUCGUUCUGCUGACGGCAGUGACCGCCAAGUCACUGGACAGUGUCUCUAGAGACGGCCCUCUCACCCCAGUUCUCGAUCACAGUCGAUACAAGCGAGCCGACAAAGAGGAGACACUUAAGAGUGACAGCUCUUAUGGACUCGGCUUCUACCCAGGAUACUAUGGUUAUGGUUAUGGCUAUGGCUACCCAUACGGCUAUGGUUAUGGAUAUCCUUACUACGGGUACGGCAAUAGGUUCUACGGCUACGGUGGCUAUGGCUAUGGCUACCCUUAUUGGUGGUGACGUCACGUGGUAGAAUUUUACUACCUACAUGCUGACUUGUACUUCACAGUGCAUCAUCUAUGAAUAUCGUGUCAACAUAAGCAUCAAACUUUAUAUUUUCUGGCUAAGGCUUAUGCAUGUAUUUAAAUAACUGCAACAUGCAACAACUACUCUUUACCUCAUUUAAAUUCGUAGAUGAUAAUUUCUAUUGCAGCCAAAAAACUUGG